AUGGCCGAUCUCAAGAAACCACCCAUCGAACCAGCCGGGGUACUCGAGAAAGCGGAGCAUGAACAUAUCGAGGUGGGUAGAAGAGCCGAAAUUGACCUCACCGUGCGCGACGCCUUUCGCUAUUAUCGCCCUGCUGUGAUGUGGUCUGCCCUUAUCUCCAUUGCUACUAUCAUGGAGUCAUACGAUAUGCAGAUUAUCCACUCUUUUUACGCAUUUCCCCAGUUUCAGAAGAAGUACGGUGUCGAGCUGGAGGAGGGCGGCUAUACCAUUACAGCCGAAUGGCAGCUUGCCUUGAGUCUCGUCGCUCUUCUAGGCUUGAUGACCGGCACUUUCGUUAACGGGUCCGUAUCGGAGAGGUUUGGAGCCCGGAAAGUGAUCAUGGUGUCGCUUGUUGCAUUGACCGGCUUCGUUGCUAUCACAUUCUUCGCUCCUUCGAUCGAGGUGCUUCUUGUCGGUGAGCUGCUAUGUUCACUACCCUGGGGCUUCUUUGCUGCUGCCACCCCGUCAUACGCUGCUGAAAUUUGCCCUCUUCCUCUCAGGGGAUACCUCACAACAUUUGUGAACCUCUGCUGGGUCAUUGGAAGGUUACUCGCAACUGGUAUCCUGACCGCUACGAUGAAGAUCCCAUCCCAGUGGUCCUAUCGAAUCCCGUUCGGAUUGCAAUGGGCUUUCCCGAUUCCCCUGCUUAUCGUAGCCUGGCUGGCACCAGAAUCACCCUGGUGGCUUGUCCGUAAGGGCCGCCUAGAAGAAGCAGAGGCGUCUCUCAAGAGAACUGUUUCAGCACCAGAUGGAGUCAUCGAUACCGGGGCAACUAUUGCCAUGAUACAACAUACCAUCCAGACAGAGCGGGAUAUGCAAAUCGGAAGUUCAUACCGCGAAUGCUUCAAGGGGACGAACUGCCGCCGCUCUGAGAUUUCCAUCAUUAGCUGGGGAUGUCAGCUCCUUCCAGGCUGGGCAAUUCAAAAUUAUAUCACUUACUUCUUCACACUCGCUGGUCUCUCCUCUGGUAACUCAUUCAAACUUUCUCUUGGCAUGUUUGGACUUGCUUUUGUCGGUACCUGUCUAUCUUGGGUGCUUCAAACGCAUUACGGACGUCGUACCAUUUACCUCAGUGGCCUCGUGGCAAUGCUGCCGCUUAUGCUUGUUGUUGGUUUCUUGGGCGUGGCACCCUCAUCUUCCGGUAUCCAAUGGACACAGUGCGCUUUGCUGUUGAUCUGGUUCUUCUUUUAUGGAUCGACCAUCGGGCCCAUUCCAUAUGCGAUUGCCGCCGAAGUCGGGGCGAGCAAUCUGCGCGUGAAGACGAUCGCCCUCGGCCGAGGCACAUAUUAUAUUCUCUCCGUGGUGAAUUCUGUGGUGGCUCCGUACAUGCUGAAUCCAAAAGAGGGUAAUUUGAAGGGAAAAGCAGCAUUUCCCGCUGGGGCCUUUACUAUACUUCUCCUGGUCUGGGCGUUCUACAGGCUACCGGAAACAAAGGGCAUGACGACUGAGACGCUGGAUCAUUUGUUUCAUCAGAAGAUCCCAGCUCGCAGGUUCAAGGAGGAUGCGAAGCGUUUCCAGUAG